AAAAUCACAUUUGAGUUGAUCUUAAAGUUUUGAUUUUUGCGGUUAAUAUACGGCUAAUAUAUGUCUAAACUAGUGCUGUUGGCCCUAUUGGUGGUGAUGUGCGGUGCGGUCGCAGUGUAUGGUGUGUUCGAUACACUCGGUUACCCACAGAUGGAUCGGGUGGCCAAAGUGGUCUGCGGUCCGCACCUGUCGGCCGAUAAGAAACGCAUUGUCAAUGAAUGCAAUAAAUUGAUCCCAUCUUUUGCGAGAUCUGCAGUUAGCAGUUGUGUCCGAUCGGUGCUCAAAGUAAACAAGAUGACAAAACCGGCCAUUUGCUACAGAACUGGACCUGGUGGUGAUAAGCUGAAACCAUGUCUACUAAAUAGAGCCAAAGCCUCCGCUAAGAGACUGCCUCCCGGUGUUGACCCCCAGGCUAUGAGAAAACAAUUGGCUGAGGAGUAUCAGGCCUGUAUGAUCAAGGUGCUUUAA